AAUUGCAUUUGCAUAUCUUUCGAGCACUGCCACGAUGGUCGUCCCUCUUCCUGCUUCGCUGCGCGGCCCCGCCGGCGCCGCCCGCCUCGAGGCUCUCUGCGCCAAGUACGACACGCCGCUCCAGCUCUACGACGAAGGCCUCAUCCGCGAGAACGCGCGAGGCCUCUUCCGCGCGUUCCGGACGCAUUUUUCGACGUUUGCCGAGUUUUACGCGGUGAAGGCGCUGCCGAACCCUGCGAUCCUCAAAAUUCUCUACCAAGAAGGCUGUGGCUUUGACUGUUCGUCGACGGCCGAGCUGCAUAUUUGCAAGACGCUCGGCGUGCCCGGCGACAAGAUCAUCUACACGUCCAACUACACGUCCAAGGAAGACCUCGCGACAGCAUUUGACCUCGGCGUUAUCAUCAACCUCGACGAUGUGUCGCUUGUCGAUGCGCUUGUCGAGGUGCGCGGGCGGUGCCCCGACUUGAUGUGCUUCCGCCUCAACCCGGGUCUUGGCCGCACCGACUCGGAGACCAAGUCGAACGUGCUCGGAGGGCCCGAUGCCAAGUUUGGCGUGCCGCCGUUCCAGAUCGUCGAAGCCUAUCGCAAGGCGCAGGCCGCGGGCGCCACCCGCUUUGGCAUCCACAUGAUGACGGGGUCGUGCGUCAUGAACGCUGACUACUGGAAGGAGACGGUCACGGAGCUCUUCCAGACGAUUCUUUUGCUCAAGAAGGAGCUCGGCAUCACGAUCGAGUUUAUGAACAUUGGCGGCGGCCUCGGGAUCCCGUACUACCCCGACCAGCCGGUCGUCGACGUAGCUGGCAUUGCGCAAAUGCUUCGCCACGUCUUUGAUGAGCUCAUGGCGCAGCACGGCGAGACGUCGAUUCCGCAGCUCUGCAUGGAGAACGGGCGGUACAUGACGGGUCCCUUUGGCUGGCUCGUGAGUCGCUGCCAAGCCAUCAAGCAGUCUUACGCCACGUACUAUGGUCUCGACGCCAACAUGGCGCACCUCAUGCGUCCAGGCAUGUACGGCGCGUACCACCACAUAACGAUUCCGGCGCGGGACGUGCCGGGCGCUGAGAUCGUGGCGGCCAACGUCGUCGGCCAGCUCUGCGAAAACAACGACUGGUUUGGAAAGGACCGACCGCUCCCCAAGGCCAGCGUUGGAGAUCUCUUCGUGAUCUACGACACGGGCGCGCACUCGCACUCGAUGGGGUUCCAGUACAACGGCAAGCUCCGCGCGCCCGAAGUGCUCAUCUCGCCCGACGGCUCCGACCGCCUCAUCCGCAAGCGGGAGACGUACGAUGCGCUGUACGGCAACUGCGUCAUGCCCGACGACCUUUAAUCCGCAGAUCGUUUGCUUUCUACGUUGACAACACGCUCUGUCUUUUCCUCUUGCAA